AUGUCAUCGAACAUCCUUCCAAUCAAACUCUGGGGAAAAGGUGGUCCCAACCCACCCAGAGUAGCCAUCAUCCUUGAAGAACUCAACAUUCCUCACGAAUUCCAACCCAUCACUCUGGCAGAUGUCAAAUCCCCAGAAUACCUCUCCGUUAACCCCAACGGUAGACUUCCAGCAAUCUACGAUCCAAACACCGACCUCACCCUUUGGGAAUCCGGCGCUAUCGUCGAAUACCUGGUGGAGCGAUACGACACGUCUCGCAAGAUUAGCUUCGAGCCCGGCUCCAAGGAAGCCCAGCUCGCACGACAAUGGCUCUUCUUCCAGGCCUCCGGCCAAGGUCCAUACUAUGGCCAGGCAUGCUGGUUUAAGAAGUUCCAUCCUGAGAGGGUACCCAGUGCACUUGAGCGUUAUGUGAAGGAGAUUAAUCGAGUAUCAGGGGUUGUUAAUGAUUUUUUGAGUAAGCAAGAGGUUGGUGAGGGGGGUCAGUGGUUGGUUGGGGGCAGGGUUUCCUUCGCUGAUUUAGCUUGGGCUAGUUGGCAGAUUACGGUGACUAAGUUUAUUCAGGAGGAGGAUGGGUAUGAUGUGAAUAACUUUCCUUUUGUGAAGGAUUGGUUGGAUCGUAUGAUGAGUCGGGAGCCGGUGAGAAAGGUUAUUGAAGAAGGUCGGAAGCUGUAA